UGGUUCCAUCACUUCCGGUCGUCGGUCUUUUCUCCAUUUAUCGACUGUUGUGUGACACCCGCGUGUUUACACACUCCCAGAUGAAGGAGUCUAUAAUGAACCAAGAGAAGCUUGCCAAAUUGCAGGCGCAGGUUCGCAUAGGUGGCAAGGGGUCAGCCCGCAGGAAGAAGAAAGUGGUGCACAGAACAGCUACAGCAGAUGACAAAAAGCUGCAGUUUUCCUUGAAGAAACUGGGAGUCAACAAUAUCUCUGGUAUUGAGGAGGUGAAUAUGUUCACAAACCAGGGAACUGUGAUCCACUUUAAUAAUCCAAAGGUUCAGGCCUCAUUGGCUGCCAACACCUUCACAAUCACAGGCCAUGCUGAGAGCAAACAGCUAACAGAGAUGCUCCCAGGAAUCUUAAAUCAGCUGGGAGCUGACAGUCUUACUAGCCUCAGGAGACUAGCAGAGAAUCUACCCAAACCAGCUGGAGAAAACAAAGCCCCUAUGGUUGCUGCUGAAGAGGAGGAUGACGAGGUUCCGGAUCUUGUUGAAAACUUUGACGAGGCUUCGAAGAACGAGGCAAAUUAACAAACAUUUCAGAGCUUUACUGUAUUUCAGAAGAUCAAUAUUAUGCUCAUCUGUUAUUUCACCAUGGCGACAAGAGUUGCUUUCUAGUAAUAAAUGUGACAAAUGGGCUGAAACAAGUCAGCUUUAUUGUAGCAGCUACCCUUUUGUCAUACUUGCACCAAAGUACAAGUUAAACCAUUUAAUUCUGUUGAAUGUGUAUACCUUCUCUUUCUCAUGCUGCUUCUCCUUUGAUGCCCACACAUAAAAUGUAUUGGUGGAAUUCAUUAUAUAAUAAAGAUUCCAUUUAAAUUUC